AUGGACGAGCGUCUGCAUGUCACAGAUAAUGUCUACAAGGACCUGAACCUUGCGAUGGUCUUCCACCAGGUUCAGUGGAAGAAAGUUAGUGGACAAGAAUGGAAGGAGGCCUUUAACAUUUUCUUCCCACCUCACAAUGCACCACUGCAAGUGCAGCCACAGGACUAUCCAACAAUGAAGUAUUGGGAGGAAUGGUGGAGCAUGAAACAAAGAUUGCCAGCCGCCACUAUUGAUAUGGUCCAAAACAGUUUCUGGAAAUUAUUCAAGGAGUUGCUAUGGGUUCCAAAGCCACACAAGGACCGGCUGUGGAAAUAUGUUGUCAACCAUGACUUCAGGACAUUUCUGGCCAAUUACAGUGAUCAAGCUCCUCACAUCAUUGUGAGCCCAGCAUCACACACUCCGAGAUGGGAGCCAGAGCGUGUAUCCGGGGGAGCUGAUGAAGUGGAGGAAGAAGAGGUGAGUGAGGAAGAGCAUGGAGGUGAGGCUGAAGUGGACCAGUGA